AUGCAACAACUCUUGGGCGACCGCGCUUCAGCACUGGACGAUUCCAUCUUGCGCGAGCUAUUUUUGCAGCGGCUCCCGAACACGGUGCGCAUGAUUCUAACGACCUCCACCGCAGUCUCUCUCGAAGCCUUGGCCGAGAUGGCUGAUAAGAUAAUGGACAUCGCACCGCCAACCAUUUCUGCGGUAUCACCGCAACCCCACGCGGUUUCCCCACUUUCGGCGACUCCCACGAUGUCAGACUUCCAGAUCCUCCGUGACGAGGUCGCGCGGCUGACCGACAUGGUUUCGACUUUACGUUUCAACUGCCGCUCCACAACACCCAGGCACCGUAGUCCUCGUCGAAGCAGUCGGCGCCGCAGCCCCUCCAACCGCUCGCCGUCCCCCAACCCAGGCAAGUGCUGGUACCACCAGACUUUCGGAGCCAGUGCACGCAACUGCCAACCUCCCUGCACCUAUCCGGGAAACGGGGGAGUCAGAUACUGA